CGGAGGGGGCGGGGCCGGGGCCGGGGCCAGGGCAGGUCUCCGUGUGUCUGUGCGUCGGGGGCGACCGGGAGUCUGUGAGGGGAGUUCCGGGGUCCGGGGGGUCCCGGUGCCCUAAGGGGGGGUGUCCCGGCUCUGACCCCCCCGGUUGCCCCGCAGCCCCAGCGGAGCGGCGCGGGGGCCUCGGCGGCGCCAUGCGGCUGGCAGGGCCGCUGCGCGUGGCGGCCAUCGCCGCCUCGGCCGGGCUCACCUGGCUCCUCGUCAGCCUCCUGCUCGGCUCCCCCGGCGCCUUCCCCCCGCUCCAGCGCCUCCUGGCCGGCCCCGACUCCCCCGCCACGGCAGCCCCCCGCCCGCGGCGCUUCAAGUGCGGCCUGGCCCGGCCCUGCCCCCGGCACCACUUCGCCUUCCGCCUCGUCAGCGGCGCCGCCAACGUCGUCGGCCCCAAGAUCUGCCUCGAGGACAACAUGCUGAUGAGCAGCGUGAAGAACAACGUGGGGCGGGGGCUCAACAUCGCCCUGGUGAACGACGUGAACGAGCUGCUCAAGUUCAUCCGGCCGCUGCACGAGGGGACGCUGGUGUUCGUGGCCUCCUACGACGACCCGGCCACCAAGCUGACGGAGGAGACGCGGCGGCUCUUCGGGGAGCUGGGCAGCGCCGUGGCCAAGGACCUGGCCUUCCGCGACAGCUGGGUCUUCGUGGGGGCCAAGGGGGUGCGCGACAAGAGCCCCUUCGAGCAGCACGUGAGGAACAGCCGCGGCUCCAACAAGUACGAGGGGUGGCCCGAGGCGCUGGAGAUGGAGGGCUGCAUCCCCCGGCGCACCGCCGACCCCCAGUGACGCCCCCGGGGGGGGGCACAGCGGCCCCGGGGGGGGCACCACCCCCCCAGGGUGUCACCGUCCCGCUGCGGUGUCACCGUCCCCCGCGGUGUCCCCAGUUGGGGGGUGACAACACCGCUCGGUCCUACAGCCGUGUUGUGUCCCCCCCCCCGGUGAUGGGGGGGGUCACAGCUGUGUCCCCCCCCCCACAGUGACACAUGGGGGUCACAGCUGUCCCCCCCCCCCGGUGGUGACACAUGGGGGUCACAGUUGUGUGUCCCCCCCCCUCCAUGGGGGCAAAUAAACACUGGGCCCAAA